AUUUAAGUAUAUGUAUAUAUAUUAAAUAUGAUUAAAAUGAAAUAUCAUAAUUAACUAUAAUUGACACACACUCUUUAACUGUCGUCCUGUAAACGGUUUUAAUGAGAAUUAAAAAAAAAAAUGUUGUCACGAUCAUUUAUGAUAAUUAUAGUAAUUUCCCCCAGCGGGAGAAAAAUUCCACGCCCCCACUAUUCCUUUACAUCUUAGCCAUGAAGGUUUAUAGGAAAGUGAAAGCGAAAGAAGUAUUUCAUCAUCACCGGGGGUGGGAGGAAUGGAGGACAUUGGUUGCGUAAAAAAGCCAUUCAUAUCUACAGGCGCGCAUUGUGUGGAUUGCCUCUUCAGCUGUAUGCAGCUCUUGUGUAUAAUCACCAACAGGAAGCUAAUGCGUCUUUGUCAGCAAGGAUGAGUGUACAGAACCUUUUUGUCAAAUUUGGUACUAUUUCUAUUUUGGCUGAGGACUUUGAAAAAAAGAUUAUACAUUUUUUAAACUUUAUUGUGCAUAGUUGUCUGGUGAUGUUCAGACCGCCUGGGUGGAUUCUCUACGGAGUCCAAGGUUUUUCUGUUGUAGUCCUGUAGACAUGCCUCCCUUAUUCAUGGAUGCCAAAUCUAGCAGCUCUGGCUUCACGUCAGGUGAAGAUUUGGACAGUUCAAACUCUGGCCUGCGUGAGGGGGACGACGCCGCCGGCCCACCCGCCCCCAGGAGACGUGGGGCUGGAGGGGGUCAGAGGAAGGGCAAGAACCGCGACGCGGCCCGGAAGAGCAGGAUGAAGCAAACGGCGAAGGCAGACGAGCUCCACAAGGAGCACCAGUAUCUGGAGCGGUCAAACACGACGCUGGAGAAGGAGAUCGCCGCCCUGCGGGCCGAGGUCAAGCGCUACACCGUGGUCCUGGAGCGCCACCAGCCCUCCUGCACGCUGCUGGCGGCCGGUCGCUCCGAGGCAUCCAGGCUCCCCUCGGCCUCCGCCUCCACCCCCGCCUCCACCCCCACCCCCACCCCCCCCUCGAUAACCGCAGCGAGCCUCCAGCGGGGGAGCUCCCACCCGCCUGAGACCCCCUGUUCGCCCGCCGGCUCCGACCCGUCGGGUGCGUCCGACUCACCCGACCGACCCCGAGUCUCUGAUGCGAUGCCGUGCUCACACUGGGGCCUGGCGUCCUCCCAGCCCGCCCACCGCCCCCUCCCUUCCUUCGGUGCACCCAGCCACCGUCUGGCUACCUCGGCGCCGGGCGACCCUGCUGCUCCCUCCGCCUUCGCCCUCUCCACUCCGGUUCAGACCACCUCGUCGCUUUCGGAUCCGGGCCAACUCGGCGGCGGCGGCGACUCCUCCUCCUCCUCCUCCUCCUCCUCCUCCUCCUUCUCCUCCUCCUCCUCCUCCCCCUCUUCCUCCUCCAUUCUCCACCUCUUGAGCAGCCAUCCCCUUCCUCCUCCGGCUUCAUCCAGGGUGACGCCUGCCUCCUUCGCACCUCUACGCCCUGCUCCUGGUCCCAACCUCCACUUCCGAUCCGAGCGAGAGUCAUCGGCGACGUCAGCCGUCGCCGAUGCUGUCCUGCCCCCCCUCUCCCAGGGCCAGGGCGGGCCGGCCCCGUUUUACCCCUAUCUCGGGUAUCCCAUCCACGGGUAUCCCGGGUCCAGCUCAGUCCAUGGGUAUCAAACGGAUUCCCCCGGCGCCCUCUUCCCCACGCCGUCAUCCGGCCACGGUCCGUACAGAGGCUUUGCGCCUGGGAAUUUGCUACUUCCUCCGGACAUCCUGGACCACCUUGACGUCCUCCUUCCUAGCGUCUCACUGGGCACCCACCCGCCCGUACCCCCCUUCUCUGAACUCAUGCCGGCGUUGUGGGAUCUGUCCGGCGAUACCGCUCUUUCGCAACUCCUGCAGACCGAUGAUUGGAAUCAGGACUGCUGACUCGUUGCCGUUCAGAUGUUACUUGGAAAAGGGCAGCUGUACAAACGAAUGAGGAAAGAAGAACUAUAGAAUACGGAUGAAUUCAGUGUCAUUUGUUCUAAAAGCCAAAUUCUUGAUUAAUGAGCACUGGAUCCAGUCACUCCUUGGACAAAUUUGGACCUGCGAUGAUGAGACAGGCAUCCACCACUCUCUCCACAAGAGUGGUGGAGCAAGUUGGAUCCCUUGCUUAGAAAUAACCGGCAAUGAGAGGGGAGGAGGACAACAACACUGCUGCAGGAGAUUAAGGGCCACUUCUCCUUAUAUUGAACGGCAAAUCGCUCCAGGGUUUACCGGUGUUACAGGGCACCAUGUCAGGCAAAGUUUCAGACAAAAGUUGGAUCACCUCAGAGAUGUCUUUGGACAGGGGAAUGCUGUUCCUAGCCAAAUGUGCGGCUGCAUGGGUUCGCCAUGGAGCUCCUUGCUCUCAUGUAAAACCACAAAGGUUCAUGUUGUAUGCUUCCCUCCACACACAACUCACACCCUCCAGCCGGCGGGCAGGGCGGUCUUCAAGAGCUCCAGGCUUCGUUUGAACCCGGAGGGUGGGGUCUUCGAUGGAGAGGGGUGGAACGAGGCUGCUGCCCCCCCCCCCCCCCCCCCCCCCCCCCAGCCCAGCCCAGCCCAGCCCUGGGUCUGGAAGGCUGGCGGAGGGCAGCGAUAGCAUCGAAGAGACAUCCCUGGGUGAUUUUGUCGAGUGUUUGAACAAAGUUUUUAUUUGGUGGCGUGUUUAUGAAGCAAGAUAACGAUGUGUUUCUGCCGAGUGAUAUCUAAUUUGGGAAACGUAUUACUAGGAAAAUAAUUGGGAAGCAUGCUCUUAAUAAGCAUAACACCCUAUGUAGUCUUUACAGAUAUGAAUAGUAUUAUGCAUUAUGUUUCAUGUUAAUUUAUUGUAGAAAAAUAAUUAGAUCACGUUAUUCCACAUAUUUUACUGAGUAUUUUUAUGUUAUUUUAAGAAAUGUACUUUUGAUAUCCUCCUUUAAGUGGGCAUUAUGUAAUAUUUCCACUGCAAUCAAUCAAUAAUGUGAAUAUAAUGACUAGGUUUUAAUAUACAUACCAAUGUUCACCUUUAUAAAUUAAAUAAGAAAUACAAAUAGUAUAGUGAAGAACACUAAUUGGGUCUCUGCUCCUUUAAUGACCCAGGACAUGGGUAGUUGACUAAACUAGGGAAAUUAGGUCAACUUAUACUUUGUGCCCUGGCACAUACAAGGAGCAAGACCCAUAUACGGGCUCGCUAGUUACACUGACGUACCCCAUGGGGGCGACGAAGAGCUCCCUGUUGUCAAAUGUGCGUAUGUAUUUGUGGCUGUAUCUGACAUCUGUAGGUCAUGCUUUAACUCCUACAGCAGGGAGCACCACUGAAACUUUACCACCAAACUCAACUGUAUUACCACCUCAUGCAAUAAAAAUGGUCAAAUCUA